AUGAAAGACCUCCGAGAGGACCAUCUGCAGCUACAAGUGGUGGUAGAGGCGGAAAAGGACCAACAAAGGCAAGAGGUGGAAGAGGAUCAUUUGCAGAAAGAACUACGUAGGGCUGAAAUGGAAAGGAGAGAAGGUGAACCUAUGUUGCAAUUCCCUGAAUCUCAAUUUGAUGAAGGAGUUCCUAUAGCUCAAGAUGAUGGAGUGGUCGAAACUCAAGAUGUAGUGCGUGAAACUCAAUUUGAUAUUGAAAAUGCUAAUUUGGAAGAUCAAUAUAAUGUGGUUGGCAGGAUAGGUAUUGAUGGACCUGUUAUCCGUGCAAAGCUCAAGCCAAGAAAGCCAUCUGAAAGGAUUAUUUAG